UUGAUACGAAAUCAACGCUAACAGUGUGUGCACAAGUCUAACAUACGAAAAAUGUCUUGCACAGUGUGUGCACAUCUGAGGAGUUAAAUAACAUUUUCUCGCAUCAUUCAAAAUUGAACGGACGACGCGAAUAAAGCGGCAGCUUAUAAUAUUUUUCAUAUCGCAUUUGAAGCUGAAUCUAUAUAUAUUUAAAUAUUAAGUGAUUAAACUAACAUCGCCAGCGCGUGAUCAGAGCAGCCUGUUAAGGUCAUACACUUCAUUUUCGCACAUAAAUACGUAAACUACAGUUAUUUGCAAAGGCAUAAAAGGGCUUGGCGUCAUUUCUAGACAUGGAUUUAACAUCGGGUGCGAAUGGCUCGCGCCAGCAGCAAGCGCGAAAAUCAAAUCAAAACAUACAGGUCUAUGUGCGCGUCAGACCGCUUAACUCGCGGGAACGUUGCAUACGGUCCGCGGAGGUGGUGGAUGUGAUGCCGCCACGCGAAAUUGUCACACGGCACACGCUCGACUCCAAGCUGACCAAGAAGUUUACGUUCGAUCGCACCUUUGGGCCGGAAUCGCGUCAAUGCGAUGUAUAUAGCACCGUCGUGGCGCCGCUUAUCGAGGAGGUGCUCGCGGGCUACAACUGCACUGUGUUUGCCUAUGGCCAAACGGGCACGGGCAAAACACACACAAUGGUGGGCAACGAGUGCGCAGAAUUGAAGUCCUCCUGGGAAGAUGACUCGGAAAUUGGAAUUAUACCGCGUGCGCUCAGUCAUUUGUUCGAUGAACUGCGCAUGAUGGAGCUCGAGUACACGAUGCGCAUCUCCUAUUUGGAGUUGUACAACGAGGAGCUGUGCGAUUUGCUUUCAACUGAUGACAACACCAAGAUUCGUAUAUUUGAUGACAGCACAAAGAAGGGUUCGGUUAUUAUUCAGGGUCUCGAGGAGAUACCAGUGCAUAGCAAGGACGAUGUGUACAAGCUGUUGGAGAAGGGCAAGGAGCGACGCAAAACGGCCACCACACUCAUGAAUGCCCAAUCCUCGCGCUCCCAUACCGUUUUCUCAAUUGUGGUGCACAUACGUGAGAAUGGCAUGGAAGGCGAGGAGAUGCUCAAAAUUGGCAAACUGAAUCUGGUGGAUUUGGCGGGCAGCGAGAACGUCUCCAAGGCGGGCAAUGAGAAGGGCAUUCGAGUGCGCGAAACUGUCAAUAUUAACCAGAGCCUGUUGACAUUGGGUCGUGUGAUCACAGCGUUGGUCGAUCGGGCGCCUCAUGUGCCCUAUCGCGAGUCUAAACUGACUCGGCUGCUGCAGGAGUCGUUGGGUGGGCGCACCAAGACUUCGAUUAUAGCCACCAUCUCGCCGGGCCACAAGGACAUUGAGGAAACACUCAGCACACUGGAGUAUGCGCACCGCGCCAAGAACAUCCAGAAUAAGCCAGAGGUCAAUCAAAAGCUGACCAAGAAGACGGUACUCAAGGAGUACACGGAGGAGAUCGAUAAACUGAAGCGGGAUCUGAUGGCGGCACGCGACAAGAAUGGCAUCUAUCUGGCCGAGGAUACUUACAAUGAAAUGACGCUCAAAAUGGAUUCGCAGACGCGUGAGCUAAACGAAAAAAUGUUGCUACUUAAAGCGCUCAAAGAUGAGCUGCAAAACAAGGAGAAGAUCUUUAAUGAGGUCAGCAUGAAUCUCGUAAAGAAGACCCAGAAGCUUACACGCACCGAACAGCAUCUAACCGAAACCAAGGGAUCGCUAUUGCUCACCAAGAAAGUGCUCACCAAAACCAAAAGGCGCUACAAGGAAAAAAAACAGCUGGUUGAGUCACAUGUUAAAACCGAACAGGAGCUGACUACACAAGCGCAUCAAAUUCUGGAGGCAGCCGACUUGGCUGCAGAUGACACGCACCAAUUGCACGGCACCAUUGAGCGACGACGUCAUGUGGACGAAAAAAUUCGCAGCACGUGCGCUCAGUUCACGGAGCGCAUGCGUGACAAUCUGGAGAUGCUCGAUGGCAGUCUCAGCCAAUACCAGGAACAACACGCAGGCUCCACGCAGCAGUUGACCGACGAGCUAGCGAAUUGUACCAAUGUGCAUCAGCGUCUGGUGGCCAAUGCCACAAAGAGUAUCGACAACUUGCGUAUCAGUUGCACUGAAGCUUUAACGGCACAUGGGCAGCUGCAGGCACAGUUUGCGGCAGCUGUUGUCGGCACUGGAGACGCCCAUUGCAAGGCGCUAGUGGCACAACUAUUGGAGCAUAUGCAGCAACGCAAUGCGAUGUUAAGUGAGGAUAUGCUAAGCAAUCUGCAGGAGCUGGAGGCCAACAAUGAACGUCACAAGGCAGCGCUGGAUAGCAUGCGCGAUGGCUUCUCGCCAAUUAUUGAGCGCAACGCAAAGGCGCUGCAGCAGCACGUGGAUCAGGUGCAGCAGCAAUUGCAGCAGCUAACUGCGUUGAGUGCUCCCGAUGCCGAGCAACUGCAACAACUGCAGACCGAACUGGCCUACGAGGAGGAGUUGGCACAGCAAGAAGCGGCCCUAAUGCAUCAACUGGAGCAGCUACAGCAGCAGCGCGCCAAAAACACAGUCAGCAUGGGUACUCGCGUCGGGCAGCUGAAGCGCAGCCAUGUUGCGAUUAAUGAGCAGGCACAGCAGACCGCCAACAGCAUGCAGGCCUACGCCAUGGAGGGCUCUGUGGCGACGCAGGCGGCACGCGAUGAACUGUGCAGCCAACUGCAGGCUGCAGUGCUGUGUGUGGAUCAGGGCGUUGCUAAGUGUUCCACGCUGCAGGUGCAGCUGGAGAAUCUGUGCAAAGAGAGCGCUAAGCAGGCCGAGCAAAGCAUGCAAACAGUGCGAAACCAUGAGCAGCAACUGCGCCAGAUGUGCUCGGCCAGCGAGGAGCACGCUGAGCAACUGCGUCACGAGCAGCAGAAAAACCUUGUGUCGGCCACCGAUCAGAUCCAUCAGAUUAUCAAAGAUGAUGUUCAAUUGGGCAUCGGCCAUGCUGCCAUCACAGCCGAUCUCAUUGAAAAGCUUUCCGAGCAGACAAAGCAGCACGCGAUAUUGCAGCGGCAGCACCAACAGACUUGCCACCAGGAUCUCUCGAAUUUCCAUCAGAGUGAAUUGAAAACGUAUGCGCCCACUGGUACAACUCCAUCCAAGCGGGACUUUAUCUAUCCACGCACACUAGCAGCCACAUCGCCGCAUCAGGAUAUUGUGCGUCGCUAUCGGCAGGAGCAGGACUGGUCGGACUUGGACACCACGGCCACCAUUGAUGAGUGUAGCGAGGGUGAACCAGAGGAAUUGUUGCAGUCAGUGCAGGAACUGUCCGAAACGGAGACCAUUAUGAACUCCACGCCCAUUGAGCCCGUUGAGGCCGUAAAUAUUAAGCAGCGCGGCUCUAGAGGUGGCAGUAACACUCUGAAGCAGCCGCUUGCCGGCAUGCGCAGCGGCUCUCUGUCCCGCUCCCUGACACCUCACAAGUAUUCGCCUCGCAAUUCGCCUCGCAACUCACCGCUCAGCUCGCCUGCCUUUAAUAGGCAUAACAAAGAGAACUUGGCCUGAGACGAGCAUCCAGCAUCCCAGUAACACAAGUCGCUAAUUGGAGCACCUCUUUUAAAUUUGCCUGUUCCUUUUAAUUUGUAACUUUAUUUUUGCUUUUUGUAUCAUCUUUUGAGAUUCUUUUUUAAUACAAUAUGCACAUAAGGGCACCUGUACCACAGUGAACGUUCGAUAUAGUGAAAUAAAUGAAAUUGAGAUAAAUGUAUACCGAUUUUAUGGCACUUCUUCCCAUAUUAUUGAAAUCUUAC